UUUGGUGGUGGGUGGAUGGACGUGUUUGUUUUUAUUUUGUAAACAAUAAAAUUUAGUUAAAAAUGAAGAAAUGGUGGAAUUGGAUACUCGCUGUAGCUCUAAUAUGUUUAUUAUUCAUUGCAAUACCUAUAUCAUUAAGUAAAAAUAAAGAACAAAUGUACAGACCAAUGUUUGACGAAUACGUAGAAAAGUUUAAUAAAAGCUAUAAAAACAAAACUGAUGAGUAUGAGACGAGAUUUCAGCACUUUAUGGCUUCAAUGGAAGAAAUUGAGCGAUUAAAUGCUGAAUCGCGAGGCCCUGACGAUCACAGGGCUCGCUAUGGCCUUACGAAACUCUCAGAUAUGUCUAAGGCUGAGUACAGGGAAAUCCACCUGUCUGAUGAGAAGGUGACUAAGCAUCCGUCUCACUACGGAAAGACCUGGAAGGACAGAAGGAAGAAUCACACAGAUGACCAUAAGAGAGAACCUGGGGACCAGAUAACCAAUAAUGUCUAUGUAAUUAUUGGAAGACAGAAGAGGGCGGCUUUACCAAUGCAGGUUGAUUGGCGGACGAAGGGCGCUGUAGGUCCAGUGCGUGACCAGGGCAUGUGUGGUGCUUGCUGGGCCUUCAGCACUGUGGGGGCCAUGGAGUCCAUGGCCGCCAUCAACACUGGCAAGAUGACAACGCUCAGUGUGCAGGAGGUGAUAGACUGCGCAGGCCUCGGCAACAACGGGUGCGCAGGCGGCGACAUAUGCGUGUUAUUAGACUGGUUGGCGAUCACCGACACGGCAGUGGAGACUGACUCGCAGUACCCGCUGCGGCUACUAGAUGGCGCCUGUCGACUGCCCGCCAACGCUACUGGCGUGCGGCUGUCUUCCUUCACUUGUGACGACCUGGUGGCCAAUGAAGGUCGUAUCCUGCAGAUGCUGGCCACCCACGGGCCUGUAGCGGUGGCAGUCAACGCUCUCACUUGGCAGAAUUACCUUGGUGGGGUCGUGCAGUACCACUGCAGCGGCGCUAAAGCAGAUUUAAACCAUGCUGUUCAACUCGUUGGAUAUGACCUCACGAAGGAUAUACCCUAUUAUAUCGCCAAGAAUUCUUGGGGGACAGAAUUUGGGAUCAACGGGUACUUACACCUGGCGAUAGGGUCCAAUAUAUGUGGCCUGGCCAAUGAAGUGGCUAGUGUUGAUGUUAUAUAGGGAAAUGGACGUGUGCUCUUGCGGUCUAGUAUGGUGCGUAUGACAAGCAGGACAGAAAUAUACAGGACGCUGUUCUACGCUCCAUUCUAUAACGCGAGGUAUCAUUCUAUGCAUUACGACAAUAAGAGUUAGGAUACGUCGUCAGAAAGAGAGCGCAAGAAAUACCUCCGUAAAACCGAAUUUAAAAGCAAUAAUUAAGACUGUCUGUGCCUCGAAUUUAAAGUAACAUUAAAACUCAAUGCACAUAGAGGCGACAGAGGGAGCGUUUCGGGCUGAGAUGUGUUUGCAACGUGUAUCUUUAUACGCUCGGUUUCGAAUCCUUUUGCGGCGCGGUUUCAAACAAAGUCCCGCUCAAACUACUUCUGUGUGCAUUGGACUUAAAACAAUGCUCAUAUCAUAAAAGUUAAGACAUUAUAGUUAAGUAUGUUUUGUAAAUCGUCUUGCCAAAUACUGUGAUUUGUGAUCGAAUGUUAUAUUUAGGCCCGUUUAUGGAGAUACGACGCCUCAUUGAGUAUCAAUCAAUCACACGCGAGUUUUUAGGUGACCACUCAUAUACAUCGCGAUAUGCUUGAAUUCACCGCUUCUCUAUAAAUGACGCUUGAAUUGGGUAGUUUCUUAAGUCAAAAAUACAACAACAAGUCUAAAACUUCUUCUCUCGUGUGGGUUGUAUGGUAGAUUACCACCCUCAUCAACCCUGACACUAAGGUUGAUCGAGCCGCCAAAGGCC